AUGGAGACCCGAACGCUACCAGUUGACGCCAGCAAACUCGGCAAAGUAAUAGCGACCCCAUUACCAGACGACAUUCUCGACGAACUCGACAUCGAAUUAUCACUCGACUCACAAGACGCGCGACACCUCAAGGAUGCAGCCGAGAAGCUCAGGACUUCAGACGUACCUGUAGCAUUUCCUACAGAGACGGUCUAUGGCCUAGGCGCGGAUGCCUCGAGGAGCGAUGCUGUCAAGGGGAUUUAUAAAGCUAAGCACAGACCUGCUGAUAAUCCGCUGAUUGUGCAUUUUGCGAGUCUGAGGCAAUUGAGGGCAUUACUGAGGGGUCGUGAGACUGAAGGUGGGAAUGCAUCGAAUGGGAGUCAAGAAGAAGAAGAAGAUCCCAUACCGCGGAUUUACAGACCUUUGAUCUCGAAGUUCUGGCCUGGACCAUUGACAAUUCUGCUCCCGAAUCCAUCAAAUUCGCCCCUCGCGCCGGAGGUCACGGCGGGAUUGAAGACUUUCGGCGCGAGGAUCCCACGACAUGUCCUUGCGUUGGCGUUGAUAAAGACGGCGGAUGUACCUGUCGCGGCGCCGUCGGCGAAUGCGUCGACGAAGCCUUCUCCUACGGCCGCGGAGCAUGUGGCAUUCGAUCUGGAUGGGAGAAUAGAGACGAUUCUGGAUGGUGGGCCUUGCGAUGUUGGGGUUGAGAGUACGGUUGUUGAUGGGUUGUCUGAGCCUCCGCUUAUACUGAGGCCGGGAGGUGUUAGUCUGGAACAGAUUCGAUCGUGUCCUGGUUGGGAGGGUACGCAGAUUGGGUAUAAGAAUAUGGCGGAGAGUGGCAGUCAACCGAAGGCGCCUGGGAUGAAGUAUCGGCAUUAUUCGCCUAAGGCUACGGUUGUGUUGUUUGAGCCGGGACAGGAUGCGCCUUCGCUUAAGGAUUUGAGAAGUCAAGCUGGAGAAAGGUUGAGAGUUGGGGUCAUUCGGACGAGGAACUGGAGGAUCGAUCCGAGUGCUACACCACUCAUCUCGAACGACACCUCACGACAUCCAACGAACAUGACUAACGGCGUCCACCACGACCAUAUCCCAGGAUUCGCAGGAAUGCUGCAAAGCGCGCAGGCUUCCAGGAGAGCCAAGUCCGAAACCACAACCCACGACGUCGAUCUGGAGGGAGUGAAACUACAGAUCCUAGAUCUUAAUCUCGGUCCAGAUACGGCAGACAUUGCACGAGGGAUAUUCUCGGCUCUACGAGAUCUGGACAGGAAAGACGUCGAUGCCAUCUUCGUGGAAGGAAUCGACGAGGACGAAGGCGAUAUUGCGGCUGCACUGAUGAAUCGACUUCGGAAGGCUGCGGAGGUAAGAGUGGGGAGUUGA